GUGGGCUGCCACAAGGGUCGUGUGGCAGUUGUGCUUAUGAAUUCGAGGAAUGAUUAAAAGAAAAAGGAUCUACCCUAUGGUAAACGAAAGCUGGAAAAGGUCUCUGCAGUAGCUGGUGCAGCAGAAUGAAUGAGUGAAGAAAGGACUCGCUGCCUGAAAUCUGAUUGUGUUUCUCCCACCCCACUCUCUCGUUUAACUGUCUCCAGAAGGGAUACUGAGGAAAACAGAUGCACUAACCAAGUGCCGCACACUGGACCUAUAACUGUGUACUCUCCAUUGUGGAAAAUGGUAAACAAAGACAUGAAUGGAUUUCCAGUCAAGAAAUGCUCAGCCUUUCAGUUUUUUAAGAAGAGGGUACGAAGAUGGAUUAAAAGCCCAAUGGUCAGUGUGGAAAAGAGUGCCAACCUGAAGUAUACAGGACCCUCAGUGAUGCACAGACAUCAGGGGGAGCCUGAAUUUGAGCCUUCACUGUGUCAAACAUGCUUGGGUGAUCAUAGCUUCCGAAGAGAGAUUCUCUCUCAAGAGGAGUCAUGUUCCUGGGAAAGCCACCCAAGUAGUGAAAUGAAAGAGCCGGGUAUUAAAGCCGACAUCCUGAAUAAGCCUGACCCAAGAACUUUCUGGAAUAACGAUGACUCAGCUUUCAUGAAACAGAGGAGGAUGGGGCUGAAUGAUUUUAUUCAGAAGAUUGCCAGCAACUCAUAUACUUGCAAACACCCUGAAGUUCAAUCUAUUUUGAAAAUUUCUCAACCUCAAGAACCUGAGCUUAUGAAUGCCAAUCCUUCUCCUCCGCCCAGUCCUUCCCAACAGAUCAACCUUGGCCCAUCAUCCAAUCCCCAUGCAAAGCCAUCAGACUUUCAUUUCUUGAAAGUAAUUGGAAAAGGCAGUUUUGGAAAGGUUCUCCUUGCAAGACACAAGGCAGAGGAGCAAUUCUAUGCUGUCAAAGUUCUUCAGAAAAAAGCAAUUCUGAAAAAGAAAGAGGAAAAACACAUCAUGUCAGAGCGGAAUGUCCUUCUGAAGAAUGUCAAACAUCCUUUCCUAGUUGGACUACAUUUCUCCUUCCAGACUGCAGAUAAACUCUACUUUGUUCUAGACUACAUCAAUGGUGGAGAGUUGUUUUAUCAUCUCCAGAGAGAGCGAUGCUUCCUGGAACCCCGGGCUCGAUUUUAUGCUGCUGAAAUUGCCAGUGCCCUGGGUUACCUGCAUUCCCUGAAUAUUGUUUAUAGGGAUUUAAAGCCAGAGAAUAUUUUACUAGAUUCCCAAGGGCAUAUUGUCCUGACAGACUUUGGACUCUGUAAAGAAAACAUUGAACACAAUGGCACUACAUCCACCUUCUGCGGCACUCCUGAGUAUCUUGCCCCUGAAGUGCUUCACAAGCAGCCUUAUGACAGAACAGUUGAUUGGUGGUGCCUGGGAGCUGUCUUAUAUGAAAUGCUCUAUGGUCUGCCUCCUUUUUAUAGUCGAAACACAGCUGAGAUGUAUGACAACAUUUUGAACAAGCCACUCCAGUUGAAGCCAAAUAUUACAAAUUCUGCAAGACACCUUCUCGAGGGUCUACUCCAGAAAGAUAGGACAAAAAGGCUUGGUGCCAAGGAUGACUUUAUGGAGAUUAAGAAUCAUAUCUUCUUCUCCCUUAUUAACUGGGAUGAUCUCAUUAAUAAGAAGAUUACUCCCCCUUUUAACCCAAAUGUGAGCGGACCCAGUGAUCUUCGGCAUUUUGAUCCUGAGUUUACAGAAGAACCUGUUCCAAACUCCAUUGGCAAAUCCCCAGAUAGCAUCCUGAUCACUGCCAGCGUUAAGGAAGCUGCAGAAGCCUUCCUGGGUUUCUCCUAUGCACCGCCUGUGGAUUCUUUCCUCUGAACAUUCUUGGACUGAUUUUGAGAGAGAAGUUCUGAGAUGGUUUUUUUGUGUGUAUUUCAUUUAGUUUAGCCCUUUAGCUGAACUGCCAGCUGACCAGACAUCUUUAAAAAAAAAAAAUUUGCACAUCUCUGGAAGCUUGGCAACUGUAAUUUCAACUACACUGUUGACUGAAAGCUUUUGAAGAGCACAUACUCCUCCUUUCAGUGAGCUCACAAGCUUUUUGUUUUCUUAUUCUCCCCCUCCAAAGUGGUGCUAUCUCUUUGAAACAAGUGUGAUAUUGCUAUCACGGAUAGCCAGUUUUUGUAGGAAAGAAGAUGGAGUUUGGAAAACAAUCUUGUGAAGAUCUGUAUGGGCUAUGAUAAUAGACUUUAUGAAAUGUGCCUUUAUCUGAUAAGGUCCUUGUUGGCUCCAAAGCUUUUUCUUUUUUUAUUUCAGAAUGUUUUGACUUUAAAUCUUGUUUUUUCCCCCCUUGUGGGUUUACUAUGUGAACAAUGGUGUGUAUGUGUGCGGUAUCUUACUACAGAUGGAUUUAGUUAUAAGCAUCAAUGUGACACUUGCAGGGCACUACAAUGUGGGACAUUGUUUGAUUCUUCCAUAUUUGGAAGAUAAAUUUAUGUGUAGAUUUGUUUCUUUUUUUGUAAGAUAUAUAUAUAUAUAGUUAAUAACUAAAAUUUAUUGAAAAUGGUCUUGCAAUGACUUGGACCCAGAUGCUUGAAGAAAGCAUUGCUGCUACAAAUAUUUCUAUUUUUAGAAAGGGUUUUUAUGGACCAAUGCCCCAGUUGCAGUCGGUCAAAGCUGUUGGUUUGUUUCAUUGUUUGUUUUAAAAUGUCACCUGUAAAAUGGGCAUUAUUUAUGGUUUUUGUUGUAUGUAUUGUAUAAAGAAAAGGUCUGUACAAUGUAUUAUGACACUAGCUGUAUAUUUAAACUUACAGACUUACAUGUAAUGUAUACCAUCAUUGUAACGUACCGUGAUUAACAUGGUUAUACUAUGUACAACCCUUUUCCCCCUGCCACACAACUUUUUGUGUGUGUGCAAUUGGUUUGCAGUAAAAUCUUUAAAAAUAUAUAA